AAUUAAUUACCUGCUCAUGCACCAAAGUCCUGUUUAUGUCAGCUUUUUGCCCACUAAAAAAUAAAGAACUUUUUCGUAAGCCGUAGUGUAUCAAAUCAACAACUGCCAAUGAACUUUAUUUUUCUGCAUUUAAAUUAGAAUAGUUUUAUUUGAAAAGGGAUGAUAAUACAUUCUUAUAACAAGCGGAAGACUGACUACACAUAAAGCCAAUUAAUUGAUUCAGAUGUAGUUUUUUCAACUUUUUUGGGUGAUCAAGUGCCAUAAACUACUAAAUUAGAGAAAACUUGUAUAAAAUAAAUGCAUCAGAUCAGUUUUCUCUUUAGUAAGUGUAGAGAAUGAAUUCGUUGGGUCACAAACUUUGUAGUAACUUCAAUAAUAAUUAGUCAAUAUUUUAGUAAUUAAUUAAUGUGAAAAUUUAAAAAAAAACAGCGACAAGAAGCUAGAUGAAAAUGUUAUUAACUAAUUUAGCCAGCAAGAAGUGCAUUUGCUGCGUGAAAAUGAUGAAAAGUCAUUUCAUUCAAUUUUUUUUUUUUUAUCAUGAUGAAAAGUCUCAAAUUCUUAAGAUGAAUUGAGAGUGGUGCCUUGGAUUUAUCUUUACUGAAACGGUGAUCCUUGUAAAUUACUAGAAAAAAUUAUGGAUUCCUAUUUGCCCAGUUAAUUAAUUCGACUAAUUGAUUGGGAAUUAUGUAUCGUCUCGAGCCCUCGUGGCACCAUUAUUGAUUUAUUAUCCACCCUCUCUCUCUCUCUCUCUCUCUCUCUUCUCAGCUUUGUUCAGAGCUCUGAAGACUGAAAAUUAUUAUAGUACUAGUGAGUGAUCAAUGAAUCAACAGAUCUCACGUUGACUCUCUGUUUGGAUUUAUUGCUGCUCUUUGCUGCUGAUUUAGCUCCAAGAUUUAGAAACGGAGGGGAUCAAGGAGAAGAAAAUGUCGACCAGGGUCUCAAAUUUCUCCGAUCUGAUCCAACGGGUCACCGCUUCCUGCUUGCUCCACCCGCUGGCCACCGGUCGCCACGUCCCAGGAGACAACUCCGAUCACCGCGACGAGUCUGAAGACGAGGCCAAACCGUACGAGACGGAAGAUGAGGAAGAAGACGAAGGUGAAGAAGGCGGGGAGAGAGAGGGAUUUGGGGUCUGGGAAGGAGAGAGGGACAACAGGGUGAUGGAGAUGGAGAUGCUGAUGGCGGAAGUGUUCGAUGCGGUGUCGGCGAUGAAGAGGGCGUACGUUAGCCUGCAGGAGGCGCACUGUCCUUGGGAUCCGGACAAGAUGCGCGUGGCAGACGUCUCGCUGGUGGCGGAGUUCAGGCGGCUGGCGAUUUUGCGGGAGAGAUUCCGGAGGAGGGAACCGUACGGCGGGAGGCGGAGGAGAGGGUUGGGGAUGGCCGGAGCCUCGCUGAGAGAGGUGGUGGCGCCGUACGAGGCGGCGGUGGAGGAGUUGAAGAAGGAGGUCAAGGCCAAGGACGUCGAGGUUGAGAACCUGAAGGAGAAGCUCAAGGCUGCCACCAGUCUCAGCGGCGCCGGCGGGAAGAAGGGCCGGUCUCAAUCGCAUCAGUCAAAGAGAAAAGUCAGCGCCAGUCAAGCUCAGGGUCAGGUUCCGCCGGCGCCGGAGCUGUUCACAGCCACCAUGGCUACAGUGGUUGAAGCAUCAAAGUCAUUCACAGCCCUUCUUCUUUCCCGUAUGCGCUCUGCCAAAUGGGACAUCGCGGCCGCCGUCAGAUCCAUCGAAGCCGCCGCCGCCACGCCGGAGACGUCUGUCGUCGGAGCCAACCACGCCAAGUACGCGCUGGAGUCCUACGUGAACCGCAAGAUCUUCCAAGGCUUCGACCACGAGACCUUCUACAUGGACGGAAGCCUCUCGUCUCUCCUCCACCCGGACCAGUUCCGGCGCGACUGCUUCGGCCAGUACCGCGACAUGAAAGCCAUGGAUCCCGUCGAACUGCUGGGAAUCCUACCCAGCUGCCACUUCGGCAAGUUCUGCUCCAAGAAGUACCUCGCCAUCGUCCACCCCAAGAUGGAGGAAUCCCUCUUCGGAGACUUGGAGCAGCGCCGCCAGGUGCUCGCUGGAAACCACCCCAGGAGUCAGUUCUACGGCGAGUUCUCGCUGCUGGCCAAGGCGGUGUGGCUGCUCCACUUGCUGGCCUUCUCGCUUGACCCGCCGCCGAGCCAUUUCGAGGCCAGCACGGGCGGCGACUUUCACCCGCAGUACAUGGAAAGCGUCGGGAGAUUUUCUAGUGGCCGGGGAGCAGCGGGGGAGGUCGUGGGAUUUGCAGUGAGUCCGGGGUUCAAGCUCGGGAACGGGUCGAUUAUCAAGGCUCGGGUCUAUCUUGUACCCCGGACGUGACGGGUUUCUGGGUCGGGUGGAACCAACAUUUAGAAGUUAAAUUAUGGUGUGUCUUGCACUUGUAGUUAAGGUUUGGGUGGAUCUUGUGUCUACUGUAAGUGUAAUAAUUCUUGAAUUUGAUAUUUUCUUAUGAUGAUCAACUUGGAUGUGUUCGUAGCUCCGGACAAUGCAUAAUAAUAAUACGAUCACCGGGGAA